CAUGAAUGGGGUGACCUGGGUCACGCAAGGAGGUGGGCUCCCCUGUGGACCGACGGAGUGUGGGCUUAGCGCACCUGCCACAGGGAAACGAAAUAGAUGGGGAAGGUCAGCUGAGAAAAGGACUUUCCCAGAAUCUCAAAUCAGAAAAUCUAGAAAGAAUACACUUAAUGUCAGCACACAUGCACGAAUUUGAGAUACUCUUUCAUCAUUUUCAAUCUUUCUUAUGAAAUAUUGGAACAUAUGCACAAGUGUGUUUAAGCUUUCCGUCUUUCCUCUGCAGGGCUCAGGGAGGGCGGGUGGUCCUAACCUCCCAGGGCUGGGACUGUCCCUCUUGACCAGCCCAGAGAGGCUCAUUUCCAACCUCAUGCAGGGGCCGCAGACCCAGAGCCCAAGGACAGAGGCCUGCAGAACAGCUCUAGCCCAGCAGUUGACGUCCAGGAAGAGACCCUCUAUGCUGCCAUGAAGGACCCACAGCCUGAGGAGGCCAUGAAGCUGGACCCCCAGCAGAACAGGCACAAUAAAGACCCCCAGGGAGUGACGUAUGACCAGGUGAACCUCUCAAGAUCAAGAUUCAGGCGGGGAGUGGCCACCCCUCCUUCUCCCCUGUCAGGGGGGUUGCUGGACACGAAGGACAGACACGCAGAAGAGGACAGGCCGAUGGACAGUCAGGCUGCAUCAUCUGAUGACCCCCAGGAUGUGACCUACGCCCAGCUCAGCCACUUGACCCUCAAACGGGAGACAAGUGCACCCCCUUCUUCCCCGUCAGAGGAGCCCGCAGAUGAGCCCAGCAUGUACGCUGCUCUGGCCAUCCACUAGUCCAGGAAGGGCCCAGACCCCACUCCAGGGAGGGGGCCUGCAGGGACCCUGGAAGGCACAGGGGCUGCCCCCCCGUG